CAAUUUCGUUUUUUUAGGCAAGGACGGCAAUACAGAUGAUGCUGUCGAUGCUGUUGACAAGAUUAUCUCAAAACUACAUAUCGACGGAAACUUCAAUGCAUACUUGAAUGACGAGGCAGUCCAAGCAUCUACGGAGGCACCAACACAGCAUGUUUUUGCAAAACCGGAAAGAAUACAUGAUCUAGAGGCAAUGUUCCGGGAAAAGCAUCCAAAUCAAAAGUUUAAGGUGAACCCAUUGCCACCACCGGCAAACAAGGCGAAAACGUCCGAAUUGUCGACCGACAAUGUGCUGCCUCGUCAUUACAAGAGAGCGAAUCGGAAACCUCCAAUGUACUCGUCGCCAUUCAAGGCAGGAAAGAGCAGGACUGUCCCUGUAGUUGAUCAUGCAAUGCAACUACGAGACCUUUUAUGCUCCCCAGGUUCACCAUUAAAAAGCCAUUACUUGAUUCAAUUCCUCCCAUUUGCAUGGACGGGUUCAGAUAUUGCUGACUCAUUCUCAGAUGGGCGAAUGACCGAUAUAUUCUUUAUGGAGUAUUUUGUUAAAUGCUUGGCGGAAGACGAUAAGUUGCACCGGGCAGAAUCAUACGGUUACAGGAUUUUUAUGCCGCCCAGAGUUUGUUGUGCACUCAAUCCAGAGGAACUCAACAAAGGCAAUGAUAGAGUCUUUGACCCUACCGCGCUAGACAACAUGGUUAGGGAGAACCUUCCUCCCACCGAUUGGUCCAAGGCAAAACUGGUGAGUUUAAUGGACAUAAUAGAUGUUGAUUUCUUCAUGUCAAUGCAAGGCAAUCUAAACAGUAAAACAUUUAUACUGACAUGA